ACAUACGCGUGACAGGACGAAGCUAAGGCACUCACAAUCAGGUGAUAUUGUUGAAAAGUUUGCUCAACAAUGAUGAAGAAUCUUCCAGUGUGCUCCCUGAUUCUCGUGGUGUUGGCGAGUGGAAUCUAUGGACACCCAAUUGACGAAGUAGAGAAACAGAUUUGUAUACCAGGAGAACAAACUCAAGAAGACUGCAACACUUGCACCUGUUCUGUGGAUGGAACCCGUAUGGUCUGCACUAGAAUGGGGUGCCGUAGAAUGUCAGAUGAACAUCUGAAUGCGAGUGGUCCCCUGCUUCCUCAUCAAAACAACUUGAUGCAUCGUACCAAACGAGGUUGAUCCUCCGUUUCACCUUUGAGAUCAAGUCUGCCAGACAAACAGAAGCAGAAAAGUGAAUGACAACGUAAGAUGCCGAUGUAGAAUUGACGGAACCGGUGAAAAUUGCGUCGAGAUGAUGCAUCGAGAUGAUGGAAUUGUAUAAAUUAAG